GCAAGGUCAACGGAAUUAAUAUUUUUUAAAUGGAAAUCAUUCCUGAAGGUAAACACUUUCGUUUGGUGCAUGAAUCAGAGCUUCCAGAAAUUUUGGUAACUUUAGAACGCUAUCUGCCGGAAUCAUUAAAGUUUCAUCAAACCAUUAAAACGUACCUGAAUGAUCGUAUUUGGGAUUUUCAUUUUUAUGUUGCUAAAGAUUGGCCCGAAAAACCGAUAAUUCUCCAUUUUCCAGGAUGCACGCUUACGCCCCACAACAAUAUAUACCAGACAUUUGGCAUAUUUUGUCCAUCCGCACAAAUCGAGCAUGUCGAUCUGAUGCGCACCGAAGAUGUACUUAUCGAUUGGCAGAAGCCUUUGUACCUGAAUUUUACCCACAUCGCUAUUAUGAAUCGCCUGGAUGAUUUCUAUUCGAAAAUCGGUUUGAUGGAGCGACUCAGUGGUGAUAUUUAUGUGUGCAACAAAUUGAAUACGGAACUGGAGCUGGAACCGUUGACGGAUGAUGCGGAAAUGCGUCCACUGACCCUGGACAAUGUGCAGGGCAUACACGAUCUAUAUCCUGCCAAUGAAAUUGAAUGCGUCAAACUAUUUGAUAUACUCGUAAGGGUUCUACCUGGUUUGGGUAUAUUCCGUAAGGAUAACAAUGAGUUAUGCGCAUGGAUGGUCCAUUCAUAUUAUGGCGCCAUGUUUUCAAUGCAAACACGUCCAGAUUAUCGACGCAUGGGUUAUGGCAUUCGUCUGGCUAAAUAUUUGACUCAGCUAGUUAUCGAGCGAGGCUAUACACCCUUCGUUGUGAUACGUCCACAGAACGAUGCUUCCAGAAAUCUCUAUACAAAACUCGGUUAUGAAAAGGCGUUUGAAACAUGCCGCGUCCGGAUGACACCCGAUUGCUAUGAGGAUAGCACUGUGGGUACCAUCAGUAAUACAUCCUAUGCCAAGUUUCCGCCACUACCUCAGGGCGAGUGUGUUGUUGUUAGUGAUGUAAGUCGAUCCAGUCGUUCCAAGCAUCUGCCUGGCGAGAGUCAAACCGUGGAUGAGGGCAUCGAGGAUAUGUUGGCUGAGAAAUGUGAUAUCAGCAACGAAGAGGCCAGAGAGCGCAAGACAACAACCGAUGAGGGUAUUGGCGGCGAGGGGGAGGAUAAAUAAAAACGGCCUCCUACCCCUCACUCACACCAGAGAGAUUUAAUGAGAUUGAAGAUGGAACGUGAUAAAAUAACUAUCAAAUAAGUAUAUAGAAACUAAAAGUAUAGAAACAAUUAUUAUGAUCCAAAAAGUAGUCUUGAAAAUCUGUUUUAACUGUCUGCUUUACCAAGAAUCCAUUAUUUUCGAUUCCAAUAUCUUGAUCUAAACUAUAUCCAAAACCGACAAUUUCUAUUCUUGGCCUUAGUUUUUCAAGUGUAUGUGAAAAAGUUUCUAUAUACUUAUUUUAAUAGUUAUUUCUAUCAGUGACUUGUAUAAAAGAAGAAGGUGUUGAAUUUUUUAACAAUUAUGUACGAAGUAUAUUUAUAAAUGGUAUAUAAAGCUUCCUCAUACAUCAAAAAGACAAAAUAAGGACAAAAACAAAAAAAAAACAAACACAAAAAACUCAGCGUGAAAAUAGGACAAAAAACAAAAUGGUAUAACGAAAGGAUUUAUUUUAUAUGGGGGUAUUGAUUAUAAAUUUGUGAAAAACAAAGAGAAAAACAAAAACAAACUCUACAAUAAUAAAAAAUAUUAAUAAUAACACGCUGAAGUUAAAUUUUUAAAUAACAAAACAUAAAAAUGAGAAAAAAAUGAGAAUUUUUAAUUUUUUGCUAAAAAU